AUGUCAGGUCGAAUACAUCCGACGUCGUUAAGAAAUAACCGUGGUGAAAUGGGUCUACCGCUAUACUCCCUACUCAUGAUUUUCGGAACCUCGCUUUUUUUGGUGCUAUCCGUAGCUGGCCAAAGUACCGUGGAUGUAGAUUUAGACCAAUUCUGUGAAGCUUGUGUUGUAGACACUGGCGCUGGUUAUUACCAACACCCUUUGCGUUGCGAUGUGUUUGUUCACUGUGCCCAGAGCGGAGACAACCGGACGGUAAUGGCCACCUUAAAGGAGUGUCCAAGUGGUUUGUAUUGGUCGCAGAAUGACCUCACCUGUCGGCAUCACUACGAAGUCAACUGUCCACAAGAUCCCUGCAAACAGCCGGGCCGAAUAGCCUAUCGGGAAAUCUUUUCUUGUGCUGGAUAUUACAUCUGCGUGAACGGAAGUCGGGAGGUUGCGCGCAAUUGUUGCAAGGAUAAAUUCCGGUUUGAUGAAAUCUCACAGAAAUGUGUCCCCGACGAGAUUUGCCGAUCGAGUUGCCACUCCAACUUAGUUCUCGUCACAAAUUCGGACACCCAUGUACCAAUUUGUACGAUGAAAGCAGUCGCCGAUGAUGUCACAGUCUACCUCCAGGAAGUUCACGGAUAUUUCUACCGAAUGCCAUGUCCAAGAGGCACGGUGUUUUCCACCAAGGCGUGUUCCUGUGUCCGGGGACGACGCAAAAAGAUAGGUGGGUUAUUUCAAUAUAUUUAG